UCUCUAGAAAAAUGUUGUUCGUAUAUUCCAAAGAAUGUUUAUUUACUGAUGCCCAUGAGUUCAUGAGCUGUAUGUUGGACAUAAUAAGAUCUCUGUCCUUCAAACUGCAGACAGCUGCAGCUGACAUGGGCAUCACCUAUACCUGCCCUGUUUGUACCCACAUUUACUUUGAAAUGUUGAGCACUAGGACCUGCCAGGGGUGUGGUUGUCAGUCCAUGAGGGAGGACACCUUCAUUAACCUCUCUCUGGACAUGAUGCCUGCACACAGUCAGCCAGUGCCAGCAGGCAUACCUGAAAGACAUCCAGUUGGAGUAUCGGUGUCGAUGUGGAGCUGGAGAAUCGUCAGAGCAGCUGUCAUUCUUGAGUCACAUCACAUCAUUACUGUUAUGAUCCUGCUCCAGCCUCUGCCCUUCUUCCUCCUUUUCUCUUUUCUCCCAUUGUUCCUCAUCUGUUUGUUUUGACCUGUCUCUCUCUGGCUCCCUCUGUCUGUCACCUCUCCCUCCUGUCUCGCUCUCCCUGCUUCACCUGCCUGCACUCUGUCUUGCUGAUUGCUACAAUGAGUUUCAGCUGCAGCAAUCAGUUCACACCAUUCACCUGUUCUCCACCUCACCUCCACCUAUUUAAGCUCUGCCCGUUCAUUCACUCCCUGCCGGAUCAUAGAUUCACACCCCUUCAUAGCUUCCUUUGCAUUCCUGGAUUCUGUUUCUCCCCACCAAGCCUCCUACCCCCUGCCAGCUUCAGCCCUUGGACUAAACUGAUUCCCCCAUCCUGGAUUUCCCUCUCGUGGACUCUGUUCAACUUCUGUUUGUUCUUGGAUACUACCCAGUCUUCAGUACGCCAGUUUUGUUUCCCCACUAGCUUCUGAUUCCCCGAGCCUGCCUAGCCCUUAGUUCUGUUUUCCCCUGGUUUGUUGUAAGUACAGUGCUGUGUUGUUUGGUUCAGUUUAUUCCUGUUUGGUUUUGUGGUUUUUGUAGAUUUAGUAGUAUUGUUUCUUUUAGUGUUAGAUUCGGCUUAAUUUAUCUCCUGGUUUGUUUUUCCCUUUUCUGUAUUAGUUUAGUUAUUUGGUUGAAUAAAUCCUUUUCCGUAAA